AUGUCCGACUCCCCCUUCACCCUUCGCCGUUACACGCCUUCACGAACGCUCCUCUCCACGCUCUCAGCAUGGCUAGCACCCAGCAUCCGCUCACCCAACAUUAGUAUCUCCCGCUCAUGCCCAGUCUUCACCGGACCGGUCAUCAUCAAGACCGUCAACGCCGUCAACGCCAACGGCGCCUCUAUUGCCAACAAAUCUGUCAACGCCAACAAGGUCAUCAGUGUGAACAGCACCGCCAUGGCGACCAUGAUCGACAAACUCUACAUUUAG